GAAUGUCAUCUUCAGUCUUUCUCGUCGAAUGUCGAAUUUUUCAACUCGCAAAUUUGUGAGUUUUGUGAUAAAGUGAAACAGCGUAGAACGCAGCACGAGUCAAUGUAUUUAUUCUUCGUCAACCGGUUGGCUGAGACAACACGGUUGAGAUUGUUAUUGUUUAUUGAUAUUCAGUGAAUGGUCGUCUUUGUUUUGCACUGGUUGACGCACACAAAACAAACACGCAUAUGAAUCCGCAUUUUGUUCUAUUGGAUUGGGCGAAUGCCAUUCAAUAAGUAAAUGUGGCCUAUCGUGCAAAACGAAAAAGUCGGUGCUAACUCCGAUCGUGUUGAUUGUGUGUUACACACUAAACCAAUUUGGAAUUCAAGAGAUUUUCGUGACAUUUUUUAAAAUGGACAUUCACAUCACAAACCUUCACAUCUUCGUCGGCUAAUAUCCUGUGAUACUCAGAUUGAGUGUACAUCGUUGAAAUACAUUUGGCUCAGUCGUCAGUUGAUUAGCUCAUCACUCUCGGUUGCCACCAGUGAAUUGCCAAAGUGUUCAAAGUGUUUCGUGCAUUAAACAAUCCAAUUUGCAAUCAAUUUCUACGCAUUAAACGCUUCAAUUCAAACUAGAAUUUUUCUUCAAUUUUUCACUGAAUUUUCCGGGCAAAAAUGAGCAAUAAUAUGAUCAAAUUCGUGCAUCGCACGGCGUCAAACACCAGUGACAAACGAAUUGCCGAUUUGUUCAACAAAGGUCCCAGCUUCGACGUUGAUUUGGUUACAUCGGAUGAAAAGAAGGUUUCUGCGCAUCGAUUGGUGUUGGCCCUGUACUCCAAACAUUUGGCCGGCCAAAUUCACGAUUCUGGUCUCAAUGGCUUGCUAAUCAUUCCGUUGACCAACUACCCGUUUGAAAUCGUCCAAAAGAUCGUUCAAUUGUUGUACUUUCGCGAAGUAGUUGUGCCAGUUGAUCUUACAGCGAAAAUGAAGGACGCACUGAAUUUCUUGAAAAUCCACGACACAAACGUAACGAUGGCUGAACAAGAACAGUUCAAGAAGCCUAAUGCACCUCCGCUAACACAGCGAAAAGUAGUAUCACAGGCACAGAAACCCGCAUCUGCACCCAUGCAACAACAACAACAACAACUUUCGCAACAAAAACUCAUUCGACUUGAAAAUGGUGCAGCGGGCGAGCAAAUCGGUUCGUACACUCCAGGCAAACGCAAGCGCGCUCAAUCGACGUUUGUUUCUGGCACUCCACGUGAUCCAGAUUUGGUAGCUGCUUCUCGCAUUCCGAACGGUGUUGGCAAUCAAAACGGUACUGCUAUGGCUUUCGCUCGAAAUUUACCUCACUUGAGCAUCUCGAAAGUACAACGUACACAGCCCCCAUCGCAGCCGCAACCACAGUCAGUCAGUUCGUUGUCAACAACUCCAAAUCCAGCGCCGGUCAAGCAACAAAAUGUCGGUCCAAAAAUGGUGGAAAAACCAGAGCAAAUCGCAUUGCCGCUAACAGCAUCGAGUCCAACGCCAGUGAAGAAUCCAAACGUUGCAGCAACGAUGCAAACUCCCGAACAAAUGAUCACGCCAAAUGUUCAACCACAGCAACCGAUGCGGCCAACGACAAUUCCGAACCUUCCAGCCUCGAUCACUCUUCAAAAGGUUGCUGCAACAGCUGAAAAAUCCAAUAUUCUUCAAAAUGGUGAAACGACCGGCCAGACCGAUGAAAUCGAUGAACCAUUGAACAAAAUGGAAUCCGAUGAACCCCAAUUCGAAGACGAAAUAGUCGAUGAAAGCGACGAAGAAGCAGGAGAGAAUGAAGGAAUUGGCAACGGAAGUGUUGAACAGAAUGAUUUGCGAGAUAUUUUCCCAGAAUUACGUGACGAUGAUACUCAGUAACCAACACACGAUUUAUUUUGUCAUUUAUUUGAUCGCAUGUUUAAAAAAACGCCGUUUAAGCAAAUAGUUAUAAUAUAAUAUGGCAUUUUUUCGGUUGUUGUCUUCUUUUAAGAAUACGCCUCCAUUCAUUUGAGAGUUGAUUUGUUACAUUUUGAAAAUUUCAAGAAGUUUCAAGACAACAGUUUAGAAAAGAACAUAUAGAAAGAACUCGCAAGAGCAUAAAAUGAAACGGCAGAAUAAUUUCUUGACAAAGAACAUUGUUGAUGACAGUAAUGAGCUUGAAAUCAGUUUAUUCACAAUAUAUGGCAAUUAAUUAACUGUGCAUUAAAUGUUUUUGCCGUUAAAAUUAGCAGUUUAGGAAAUGUCAUCCAAUCCAAUGAUAAAAUGUUGAAAAUAAAACGUAGAAAAUAAAUAAAAUGAACAUCAACCAA